AUGACACGAAAUUUUGAGAGUCCCUACAAAGUUCUUGCUCCUGUUACAAAACCUCUCCGAAAGCUUGAUCUCGCGUUUGGGAGAGGCUUUGAUCAUAUGAGAGAAGAUCCUGAUGUACAUCGGGUCAUGGAUGAUUGGAAAGAUCGAUAUAGGAGUUUUUUAUUUGUGAGAAGGUUUCAAAUUGCAUCUCCACAGACAGGAAAAACGAAAACUUUUGAGCCAAUAUAUGAAAGCAAUCAUUCAAGUCUGGUUGGUAGAAAAAUUGGAGACGUCAUUGACGGAAUCGAUGUGUCGACUAUGUUUACUGGCUAUCGUUUUAAAAUUUCUGGAGCGAGUGAUUCGACUGGAGUUCCUCAUCAAGCAGGUAUUUUUCAAUAUGGUCGAGUAAGGCUUUUAAAAAAACCAGGAUCUUUUGGCUAUCCAAGUUGGAGAGCUAAAAGAAAAGGAUCCAUGAAACGAAAAACAGUUCGAGGUGGUAUCAUUGAUAUGGGAACUCGUACCAUCUCACUCGUCAUUGUGAAGAAUGGUACCAGUGUCAUUCCAGGAUUGACUGAUGGAACUCUCCCAAAAACAUUGGCUCCUAAAAGAGCUUCUAAAAUUCGAAAAUUGUUCAACUUGUCAAAAUGUGACGACGUGAGAAAAUAUGUCAUUAAGAGAAAUGCUAAAAUUUGUGGAAGUUUGGCUGAGAAGGGUGUUAAAAUUCAACGACUGAUUACUCCUGAACGAAUUCGGCGUAAACAGAAAAAACUUCGACAGUCCAUGCAACGAGCUUUAAAGAGAAUGAGGGAUGAAGAAAAUUAUCACAAGAGGUUUGGAAAGAGGUUUAGUGAUCAUCAAGAAUAG